UGAAUACUAGAUUGGACAUGAGGGAACGCGAAACAUCUGUGUCUAGAUUUGACAGAAGGAAUGUACAUUACAAUGCCAGAUCUACUAGGGACACAAAUGAAAAAGAUACGUCAGAAAACAGGGAAGUAAGAAAUAACGUUGGACCUAAAAUGAAUCGUAUAAACAUGAAUACCAGAUUGGAAGCGAAUGAACGUGAAGUACUUGUGUCUAGAUUCGACAGAAGGAAUGUAAAUUUCAAUGCCAGAUCUACUAGGGACACAAAUGUAAAAGAUACGUCGGAAAACAGAGAAGUAAGAAAUAGCGUUGGACCUAAAAUGAAUCGUGUAAACAUGAAUACCAGAUUGGAAGCGAAGGAACGUGAAGUAAUUGUAUCUAGAUUUGACAGAAGGAAUGUACAUUACAAUGCCAGAUCUACUAGGGACACAAAUGAAAAAGAUACGUCAGAAAACAGGGAAGUAAGAAAUAACGUUGGACCUAAAAUGAAUCGUAUAAUCAUGAAUAGCAGAUUGGAAGCGAAUGAACUUGAAGUACUUGUGUCUAGAUUCGACAGAAGGAAUGUAAAUUUCAAUGCCAGAUCUACUAGGGACACAAAUGUAAAAGAUACGUCGGAAAACAGAGAAGUAAGAAAUAGCGUUGGACCUAAAAUGAAUCGUGUAAACAUGAAUACCAGAUUGGAAGCUAAGGAACGCAAAGUACUUGUGUCUAGAUUCGACAGAAGGAAUGUAAAUUACAAUACCAGAUCUACUAGGGGUACAAUGGAAAAACGAGCUUCAGAAAAUAGAGACGUAAGUCAUAACACUGGACCUAAAAUGAAUCGUGUAAACACGAAUACUAGAUUAGAAGCGAAGGAACGCGAAGUACAUGUGUCUAGAUUUGACAAAAGGAAUCUAAAUUACAAUGCCAGAUCUACGAGGGAUUUAAUUGAAGAACGAACUUCAGAAAACAGAGAUGAAAACCGAUUAUUAAAUAGAAGACAUGAGGCUCGAAAUGCUCGCCAUGAAAGAAGACAAACUAAAAUGACUCGGCAAGACACGUCUAUUGCAAUGCGAGGACUAGUUACGGUGCGCAAUGAUCCUCAUCAUAACGAAAAACCAACUCCAGUUCAUAAGUUAUAUGAUAACCUUGUCUUCGAAAUGAAAUGGCAAUAUCUGUUUUACGCACUGCAGGCUGUCUAUAUAUGUAGUUUAAUUAUGAAGAUUCCAAAAUGCAAUGAACAAAACAAACAUACAAUGUGGAUUCCUACCUGGUUUACACUCACCGAAUAUUUAAAAAUUGAUUAAAUAUUUU